AAUUUCUGGGUGCAGAUAGGACCACUCCUCUGUCUCUGCAUAAGAUUUUUUUUCUUCCCCCUCGUGCUCUCUUUCUCUCCUCCCCUCCACAUCGUGGUGGUGAGGAAGGGGGGGGGGGGGAGGGGGGUCUUGCAGUCGACGAGACGCGCAGGAGUUUACUGAGGCUGCAACGCAAGGAGGGAAAAAAUCCGUGCACAUGAGCCCUGCGGAUGGAGAGCAAAAAAGAAGAAAAGGAGAGGAGCGCUUCGACAAAUGACCACUGCGCGCACAGAGACCGCCGCUUGAAUUGUUUAACUUGUUGAUGCCAUAUCAUUGCUCAUUUUUUUCUCUCUCCGUCGUCUGGCUCCGGUGACAAAUUGAUGGGUGUCGGAAUUGCAAGUAUUCUCUUGAGAGGAGAGGUGUUGAACUGACCGUGGAUUCAGUUUGAUCAGCUUCCUUAUCUAAGAUGCUAUUUAUCUCUGCACCCUAGCACUGUGACAACCUGAGCGGGGUCGUUUCCAUUACUAAGGGGUCAGGAUGGCAGCAGGUGUAGCGGCAUGGCUUCCCUUUGCCCGAGCAGCAGCCAUAGGAUGGAUGCCCGUGGCAACCACCCCGAUGCCCAUCCCUCCCCAAGAAAAGAAGAAAACCCAGGACGGGCUUAUCAUCCUCAACGUGAGCGGGACCAAGUUUCAGACGUGGAAAACCACUUUGGAGAGAUACCCGGACACUUUGCUGGGGAGCACGGAGAGGGACUUCUUCUUCCACGAGGAGUCAAAUGAGUACUUUUUUGACCGCGACCCUGACAUCUUCAGACACAUCCUAAAUUUUUACCGCACGGGGAAGCUGCAUUAUCCGCGUCAAGAAUGCAUAUCUGCAUACGACGAGGAGCUCAUGUUCUUUGGCAUAAUCCCCGAGAUCAUUGGGGACUGCUGUUACGAGGAGUACAAGGACCGGAGGCGAGAGAACUUGGAUAGGCUUCAGGAUGACGAGGAGAUGGACAUAAGCAAUGAAGCCGCACCGGUCAACCUGUCGUACCGGGAGUACCUUUGGCGGGCUUUUGAAAACCCUCACACCAGCACCUUGGCUCUGGUUUUUUAUUAUGUCACCGGAUUUUUCAUUGCCAUAUCAGUGAUGGCCAACGUGGUGGAAACGGUUCCCUGCGGGACUAUGCCCAACAGAUCAAAGGAGGUCUCGUGCGGGGACCGUUACGCGCUAGCCUUCUUUUGUUUGGACACGGCGUGCGUGAUGAUUUUCACGUUUGAGUACCUCCUCCGCCUGAUCGCGGCGCCCAGCCGCUACAAGUUCGUGAAAAGUGUGAUGAGCGUCAUCGACGUGGUCGCGAUCAUGCCUUAUUACAUCGGCCUGGUCAUGACCGACAACGACCAGGUGAGCGGAGCUUUCGUCACGCUCAGAGUGUUCCGGGUCUUCCGGAUCUUCAAGUUCUCCCGGCAUUCCGCGGGGCUACGGAUCCUGGGCUACACCUUAAAGAGCUGCGCUUCUGAGCUGGGCUUCCUGCUCUUCUCCCUCACGAUGGCCAUCAUCAUCUUUGCCACGGUUAUGUUUUACGCGGAGAAAGGCUCCGCGCAUAGCAAGUUCACUAGCAUCCCCGCAGCGUUUUGGUACACCAUCGUCACCAUGACAACCCUCGGGUAUGGCGACAUGGUGCCAAAAACAAUUGUGGGGAAGGUGUUUGGGUCCAUAUGCUCUCUGAGCGGGGUGCUGGUCAUUGCCCUGCCUGUUCCUGUCAUUGUGUCAAACUUCAGUCGUAUCUACCACCAGAGCCAGCGGGCGGAAAAGCGACGAGCCCAGAGGAAAACUCGCCUCGCUAGAAUCCGUGCAGCGAAGAUUCGAGGCACUAAUGCCUAUAUGCACUUCAAACAAAAUGGGCUCCUGAUCGACUCACUGGAGGAGGCCUCCAAGAAGGCGGGACAAGCUCUGGUGGGGAAGGCUGCAAGCCCUCCAUUUGAGAGCCAACAUCAUCACCUGCUGCAUUGCUUGGAAAAAACCACGAAUCACGAGUUUGUGGACGAGCAGACGUUCCAGGCCAACUGCAUGGAGAUCUCCGUGGUGAACAAGGCGGGCUCUCGUUCCUCCUCGCUGUCCUCGUCUCCGCACAACCUCAGCUCGUGCUGCUCCCGGCGCCACAGGAAGAAGAGCAGCUUCAGCCUGCCUAGCACAAACAACCAGGAGCUCAGCACCAUACAGAUAAGAGAGAGGCCACUGGCCAACAGCCGCUCCAGCCUGAAUGCCAAACUGAAUGAGACCGUGCCCUUGAAAUGCAACGAACCUUACAUCAGCCCCUCCAUGGUCAGCCUAUCCGCGCCGCCGGUGACCUCAUCAGACGAGGACAGCACCACCACCACAGCCUACUCUCAGAGCAACAUUGUUCGAGUAUCUGCCUUGUAGACGUCUUGCCUAUCUUGAUCUGAUCAGCUGACUGGUCUCAAAAAAAAAAAACACCAGAUGCUAAGGAGAGGGACCACCAAGCAUCAACCUGCCAUAAUCAAGAGGGAUUAUAAGAUUAACAGAGGUUGGAGUUUUCUUUGAAGUAGUGAGCUCAUCUGAUGUCAAACUCUGCAUGGUAUUUAAAAAAAAUAAAAAAAUACAAGAUGGGGACAGCUGCUUUGGAGGUAGAAGUGAAUCAGCAGAUCAUGCGUCAUUAAGCACAGAAGAACAAGGAAGAGUAGAAUGCGUUGUUCUUGCCGAAAUAUACUGAGAAAAAAAACUUUAUUUUUGAAAAUGUAAUGUCAAUGUACUUGUUGUCUGACUGAAAGGUGGAAAUGCAGAGGUCGUCGACCUCUAAUGACAAAGCACAUGUAUUCCUCACCUGAAGUCCAUCUUUGUCAGUAUGAAAUCUGUCUGCCUCACUCACUUACCGCUCAUUCACAGAGAUUGUUUUGAAAACCCCUGAAUUCUUCUCAUGCACUCAUUCUCCUUUGCCUAUUGUAAAUACAAAAAAUCUACUGGGACGGGAAACUAUUGUGAAUAUUCAUCAGCUGACUAAUUAUCUGGUUAUUGUCAUCGCUUGGUGAGUAAGAUCUACCGCACAUCCUGAUAUGUUUGUGAAGUGAGAGUCGAACAAACCCUACAUAUUUGACAUUUUGGACCUUUGUGAAAGCUGCAACUGUUAGCCAACAAUUGAUAUUAAGACUAUACAGGGUAUUUAUUUAGUUAGGGCACAAGGUAGAAACAGAAGUGAAUGUUCUUGGCAAAACAAAUACCCUAAUAUGGACACAUACUGUAGUAUUUACCUGGAAAACCUUAUGAAAGAGUGUUGAUCAUUGAUUCUAUUUACUUCCUCAUAAAUGAGUGUUCAUAGACAAAGACUUGGUACAUUUAGUUGUGUUAAAGAAAAAAGCCAUUUUGUAUAUUUUUCAUAUUGUAAAUAUUUCUGUUAGAACUUUACCAAUGCAUUUGAAGUCAGCUCUUAUUUCUAGCUUUAGCUCAACGGUCGUUGGCAAACUAUUUCUGUCUGUUAUCUGGUUGAAUUAAGGAUUUGCAUGCUGUCAUUGCAGAAUUCUGUUUCAUUAAAAUAUGUCUCUUUUUCUUGGUGAAGGUUUGUCGGUUGAAAAAAUAUGGAGGGAAACCCCAAGAGGUGUUCUGAUGUACAUCCUGCAAGGCUUUCAAUAAAAGUGCUCCUCUUGUCUGGACUGCGUAUGUGAGGGGUACGAAAAGGGACAAAUGAUCACACAUUGUGCAUUUGGUGCAGUGAUAGAAUAAAAAGUGUAGCUCUACUGAAGCAA